AUGGAGAAAUACUCCAAUUCUGAACAGCACCUUUCGUUUUGGAGGUAUAGGUUUCUGGUUGGAGAAUCUAAUAUGGAUGCUUCCUACCUUAUCUUCCAAGAUGUAGCUCAGAUCUCAACUUUGCGAUGUGUUAAAGUUGCUAAUGCAGAAGAAAUUACAUUAUGGAGAGUUGAAGUUUCUGAUGUCUCUGAACCAGUUGGACAGCGGGCAAAUGGAUUAGUGCUUUCUGAUGAACAGCCAUGGGUCAAUUUCCUGAGAAGGCAUUAG